CAUCACUGCUCUACGUCAUGACGUUUGACAUCACUCGCAAUGACGGAGAGCACGCUAGCGUGAUGACGUUAAUAACUUGGUUUAAGCGCGCUUCUGGCGUAUAGUGUGACAAUGUAGCAAUUCUUCAUUGAAGAAAUGUGUUGACUACUACUGCUGUUGCAUUGAAGAAAUCAUGAAAAAAUCCCAGCAGCUCCAGCAAUGUCCUCCAUCUUUAUUUGCUGAGAACAAAUGCUCAGCAGACGAAUUUGACAUUCUGCUUUCGACACUGCCCGAAAAACUUAAUCGGAGAUUACUUCCUUUCCAGAAAGAAGGAAUCAAGUUUGGCUUUGAAAGAAAUGGCAGGUGCAUGAUUGCUGAUGAGAUGGGCCUUGGGAAAACUAUUCAAGCAAUCGCAUUGGCAUACCUCUAUAAACAGGAAUGGCCCAUGUUAAUCGUGGUCCCAUCAUCUGUCAAGUACCCUUGGAUUGAAGAAAUAGAAAAAUGGAUUACCGAACUGAAUCCGGAUGACCUCAAUCUAAUCGAGUCUAAAAAUGACAUUGGGAGAAUUCCAACCAGCAAAAUUACCAUAGUGGGUUAUGGCCUUUUAACAACUGAUGCACAGACUUUAAUAGAUGCUCUACAUGACCAAAAUUUCCAAGUUGUUAUAGUUGAUGAAUCCCAUUACAUAAAGUCACGUAAUGCAGCACGAAGCACAAUUUUGGUACCUAUUGUACAAAAAGCUGCUAGGGCAGUCCUGUUGACUGGAACUCCUGCACUUAGUCGCCCAGAAGAGCUUUUCAUGCAGAUUGAUGCAUUGUAUCCGAGAAAAUUUGGAACAUGGACAAACUAUGCCAAGAAAUAUUGCAAUGCUCAUCUUAGGUAUUUUGGCAAACGAGCUCAGUGGGAUUGCAAAGGAGCUUCCAAUUUAGAUGAGCUUCACCGAUAUCUGAGUAAUAUAAUGAUUCGACGAAUGAAGGAUGAAGUUUUGGCCCAGUUGCCUCCAAAAAUUCGGCAACAAAUUCCAUUUGAUUUGUCAAAGGAAGCUGCUAAGGAAAUGAAUGGCAGCAUUGAGGAGUGGGAGAAGUUAAUGAGAGAGCUGCGUUCGAGUUCAGCAGAGACUGAUAACCCCUUUAUACAAGUCAUGGGUCUCAUCACUCGCAUGUAUAAACAAACUGCUGUUGCAAAGGCAGGAGCAGUGAAGGACUACAUUAGAAUGAUGCUACGUGAUACAAAGUUGAAGUUCUUGGUUUUCGCUUAUCAUUUGACUAUGUUGCAAGCUUGCACAGAGGCUGCAAUAGAAAGUAAGGCACGGUACAUAAGAAUAGAUGGUAGUAUUCCAUCUUCGGAAAGGAUUCAUCUUGUCCAUCAGUAUCAGAAUGAUCCAGAGACGCAAGUUGCAAUCCUUAGCAUCAAGGCUGCUGGACAGGGUUUAACAUUUACAGCUGCUACACAUGUUGUCUUUGCUGAGUUAUUCUGGGAUCCUGGUCAUUUGUUGCAGGCUGAAGAUCGGGCUCAUCGUAUAGGACAAUGCAGCUCGGUUCAUAUUCAUUAUCUUAUUGCCAGAGGAACACUGGACUCACUCAUGUGGAGCAUGUUAAAGCGUAAGACUCGUGUAACAAGUAACACAUUAAAUGGAAUAAUGCAACACUUGGAAGUGGAAGAGGGAGAUAAAGAAAAGUGGGACUUCUUAAACACUGCAUUGGCCUGGGUGCCAAAUGAAAAUUUUUCAGGAACUGAAGAUGGAGUGUUUUUUACCCAUUUUGAGAAAGAAAAACAGCAUGACAUCCGCUCAUUCUUUUCGUCAAAACCUGACUCCAGGGAGAAACGCAAGAGAACCCUUCAAGAUUUACCAGUCAGCCAGUUUUCUGAUACGUUCGAGCUGCAGCAAUCACCUGAUUCCCCCAAUUCAGCUCAACAACCACAAGGAAAACUGGAUAAAUUAAAUGCAAGAGGUGGUGAAAAUGAUAACGAAGUGAUAAGCAAAAUGAACAAUGAUGAGCUGCUGUUUAAAGAUACCUUUGAACCACAGACUAAACGAUUGAAAUCUUUAUUCACGCCAAACAAAAAUAAGGCAAGUUCAAAAAUGAAAAAGUCCAAAGGUGGGCUGACACCAUCCACAAUUAGAAUUCCAAGUACUCAAAAUUUUCUGGGCGAAGCACAACUUACCUCACGAAAACUGCCUGUAACUGAAAAAACGUGGAACUGCAAAAUGUGCACGUAUACUAAUAAUAUCUUUCUGUCUUACUGUGAAAUGUGUGAAACUCUGCGAGGCUUUGGUGAUCAAAAGGAAAAAUAUUUGUCUUGUCAUGAAAACCUAAGUGAAAAAGAAUGCAAAGGAGGAACCCAACCUGAUACUGACUGCACUGUCCUAUCUGUCCAGGAAAGUGAGGAAAAAGAUGAGCCAAGUUCGCCUACAGGGCAGACAAAUAAUGAAGAGCUACACAUCAGUACAGUGAAAUCUGAGGAAAACCGUGUACUUUUCAAUAUUGACGAAAGUAGCAAUCAUGUUUCCAUAACUGAAGGAAGAAUGUGCAAUGCCAGUCAGCAGCAACAGGAACAAUCUGAUAUCAACAGCAGUGAUCCAGUUUAUGAUUGCUUCAUGUUUUGCGCGAGCAAAAAUACUGAUAGAAUACAUUUGUACACCAAGGAGAGAGAACCUUUAAACUGCAAUUUUAUUCCUUUGGAUGUGAAGUCAGAAAACUGGGAGGAUUUGCCACCGUUCUUUGACCGGAAAGAAAAUCGUGCUGUGCUUCUGCGUUUUGUACGAGAAUGGCUCAGCUUGUCUACUAUGAAACAAAGAAUAAUUAGGAAGAGUGGUCAGAUGUUCCGCAGUCCUAUUCUUGCAUUAGAAAACAUAUUAAAAGGUCAACAUAGACAAAGCUGUACAAAAAGAUUUAUAACAAAAGAUGAUGUAGCUGCUGUAUCUCUAAAUAAGGCACAAAGUGAAGGAGGAACUGUGCGAGUAAUAGCAAGAGUGAAUACAUUUCAGAACAAGACUAAAAUCAAAACUUCCAAUCAACCAAGUGAGGAAAAUCUGAACAACAACAUAAGCGAAAGCAUUGAAAAUAAAAUCAGCAACAGGACUUCUUUAACUGAUGAAGUAGCUGGCAUUUCUUUGGAACUUGGCUAUGUACAAGCUGUGAAUGAGGGAGGAAACCCUCUUUGCCUGGCUUGUCAACAGCCAACAACCCAGGUCAGCAAGUAUCAUAAAUCUACAGCUUGGGAUACACGAUAUUGCUCCCAAAAAUGUCAGGAAGAUUUUUUGGUUCGAUCCAAUCGAUGCUACAUGAGAUCAAAGGUUUUUGAAGCUGAGCAUGGAAUCUGCCAGCAGUGUGGCCUUGAUGCACAGCAGUUGUUUCUUUGUGUCCGUGAUACACAGAGAACCCACCGGAAAGAGCUACUUGAAAAUACAUGGCUGUCACAGCUUUCCCUCGAUCAGUUGAAUGACAUGAUUUGGAAUCCAACUGAGGGACAGUUCUGGCAAGUGGACCAUAUCAGACCAGUUUUUGGUGGAGGAGGACAAUGCUCCCUUGAAAACCUACAGACCCUCUGUACUGUCUGUCAUAAAGAGAGAACAGCAAAACAAGCCAAAGAAAGAAGCCAGGCAAGAAGACUUUCAGAUACUUCCAAAAAUGCAUCAGAUAUCCGAAGGUUUUUUACAAAGAAAUGAAAAAAUGAUAUUUGUAAACCUAACUAGCCAUUAACAGGUUCCUGGUUUAUUCAUGUACUAAUUGACUUACUGACUUGUAAUUGUUAUUAUAUGUAAUAAGACCUUUUAACUUUGCAUUAAAAGAGUGACAAAUAAAUACAUAAUUCCCUAUAUCACAAAUGGCUUCCAGGUUUCAGACAAAACAGUACGUAAUUUACCAAGAACUAUGCUACAAACCUAGCUAAGAUAGCCAUUAAAGUGGAACGUUUAACCAGAAUGUCACACCUGAAGAUUUCAAGGAAGUUCUUAAAGGGAGAAAUGCAGUACAAAUUGAACUGUAAUCUCGAGUGAAUCUGACUGAACAUGACAGGUUUUUAAAAAAGAUAACAUUUGGACAAACAGAUGUUUUCCCCUUUCAAUAAUAUACAGGGAUAGUACAUGCUAGUGAGUAAAGGUGACCAUGUGUACCACUGGACUGAAGUGCUUCUGUGUACGAGCCAGAGUUCAAGCACCAGUGUGUUAUGAAAGUCAAAGAAUCAUUCAUUAGGGAUCUCUACAUUGCAGGAAAAGUACUCUCUUGCUCGGAGUACUGGAAGCUAGUCAAAAGGAAACAGCUCAAGAGAAUUUCAGCUCACUCGCAAAACCAAGAAUCAAAAACUGUUCAACAAUCAACUUUGUAACUGUCUAUUCUCUUCGAACAGCCCUGAAAUUUGUUUUGUUUUAUUCAUGGGAUAUGGACAUCACUAUCUAGAUUGGGCAAUAAAUGCUAGAGGGUAGGUAAGAAUCAACCACAUUGCUGUGUGUCUGGAGUCACACGUAGGCCAGAUCAAGUAAGGACAGCAGUGAUCCUGAUCGGUUUUUCUGACAAUUAGCAACAGUGUCAUUAAAUUCCAGAUUUUUAACAAUUCAAAUUUCACCAUCUGCCAUGGCAGGAUUUGAACCCAGAUCAUUACCUAGCUUCUGGAUAAAUAAUCUAGUAAUAAUAGUACUAGGCCCUUGUCUCCCCCAGUUGAUACCUUCCAACAAGGCAAAAAAGCAUAAUGAUCAAUACCACUAUAGCUAUUUGUAAUCAUUACAGAAUAAAGUCUUAAAGUCUAAAACAUAUGAAUCCAAAGUACAUCUAAGUCUUUUCUUAAUAUCCAUACAUCUGCAAUACCACUUCUAUACCUGCAACUGAGGUGGAAGCAUGUUGCUACUCAAGAUGUCUUGUAGCUUGGGGUGUCCUUAGAUGUAUUCUGCUGCAUAAUGGAAGUGCCAGAGUCUCUGGCAGAGGGGUUAAGAAGCUGUCCUGUGCAAGUUGCUGAAAACAAGUCACUGACUCACUUGUGACAUUGAUUUGAGAGUGUGGUCAGGGUGAAGGCAGGCGGAUCCAGGCUGGGUGUCUAUUUCUGGGGUUGAGGACCUCUGAUCUUACCCUUGCACUGACUGGAGAAAAUCCUGUAGAGACAUCAUUAAACUAUGGAGCAACUUAAAAUUGUCCCUCACCCAACUCCUUGGCUGGUCUUGUCAUCUAUUGCAGGUUGCCUCUAAUUUUUUUUUUUUCCUAUUCAUUUGUGGGAUGUGGGCAUCACUGGCUGGCUAGCAUUUCUUGCCC